UAGGGCGAGAGCACUGGAAGUUAAAUUGUGCUGCAUAUAAAAAAUGGGCGGAUUGGUCUCUAGAUGAGAGCUUGGUACCACCUUCCUUUCUAAAAUAAAAUCUCUCUGGCAUGAAGUCACAGCCUAUUUCACAUCCGGUUUACCCUGGGACGUAUUACUACUGUCUUGUUUCCGAGCCCACCAUGAAGAGACUCGUGGUGCUUUGCGACUGCCUCUGGGCCUGGAGCCUCCUCCUGAAUGCAUUGACUGAAAGAAGCUAUGGACAAACCUCACUGCAAGAUGAAAUUAAAGACAACACCACAGUAUUUACCAGAAUAUUGGAUCGUCUGCUGGAUGGCUACGAUAACCGCUUGAGACCAGGACUGGGAGAGCGUGUAACUGAAGUGAAGACUGACAUCUUCGUCACCAGUUUUGGGCCUGUUUCAGACCAUGAUAUGGAGUACACUAUAGAUGUAUUUUUCCGCCAAAGCUGGAAAGAUGAGCGAUUAAAAUUCAAAGGACCUAUGACUGUUCUCCGGUUAAAUAAUUUAAUGGCCAGCAAAAUUUGGACACCUGAUACCUUUUUCCACAACGGAAAGAAGUCAGUGGCUCAUAACAUGACGAUGCCAAAUAAACUACUACGAAUUACAGAGGAUGGGACAUUGCUGUACACAAUGAGAUUGACUGUGAGAGCAGAAUGUCCAAUGCAUUUAGAAGACUUUCCUAUGGAUGCACAUGCUUGCCCCUUGAAAUUUGGAAGCUAUGCUUAUACCAGAGCAGAGGUUGUGUACGAAUGGACACGGGAGCCAGCAAGAUCAGUGGUAGUGGCUGAAGACGGCUCUCGAUUGAACCAAUACGAUCUGCUUGGACAGACUGUGGACUCUGGAAUUGUUCAGUCCAGUACAGGGGAAUAUGUUGUUAUGACUACGCAUUUUCAUUUGAAGAGAAAGAUUGGUUACUUUGUCAUUCAGACUUAUCUGCCUUGCAUCAUGACAGUGAUUCUGUCACAGGUUUCCUUCUGGCUUAAUAGAGAAUCUGUUCCAGCAAGGACUGUAUUUG